AUGUCUCUUUCGCCCUUUAAAGUCUUGCUCUUCGACUGUUAUGGGGAAUGGGAGACGGGGAUGCUAGAAAACCUUAAACCUCUCCUCGAUCAACCAUCCGCACCUAGCAGAGAUAGAUUAUUUGAAGUGCUAGGUCCCAUCGAAAACAGGAUCCAAGAUGAACAACCCAAAAUGCUCUAUUCGGAAUUACUCAUUAAAGUAUAUCUCGAGACUGCUGAGAAACUAAAUCUCAAGUCGGAUGAAGCUCAAGCCAAAGCUUUCGGGAACUCCAUCCCUGCAUGGCCCGCUUUCCCAGAUUCGGCAGAGGCGCUGAAGAAGCUUUCGGAUGCGGGACUGAAAUUAGUCAUCCUGUCUAAUGUCGACAACAAGAGUUUUGAUGGAUCGAAGAAGAAGUUGGAGAAAGGGUUUACAUUUGAUGCUAUCUACACAGCCGAGAAGAUCGGAUCAUACAAACCCUCUUUACGAAAUUUCGAAUACGCCAUAGAGAACAUCAAGAAAGAUUUCGGAUUAGAGAAAGAGGAUAUCUUGAUAGUGGCUAAUUCCAAAUACCAUGAUGUUCAACCUGGUCACAAGAAAGGCAUCAAAUCAGCUUGGAUUGAUAGAGAGAGAGCUUUCAUGGGUGUAUCAGCUUAUAAGGAUGUUAUACCCGAUUAUCAAUAUCCAAGUAUGAUGGAAUUCGCAAAUGCCAUCAUCAAGGAUAAAUCCUAG